AGAUUAAUACAAUAUGAAAGGAUUAUUGGUAAAGUUUCAUAUUUCUGUCAACUUAGAGUGCGAAAAAACCGCGACAUACUGAAGGAGCGGUGUUAAGAUGGAAUGGAUGAAAUGAAAUAUCUGGAUUUUUAAAGCCUCUUGGGAAGACAUCAAGACAAGGAUGAACAAAAACCGGCCCUUUGAAACCAUCGAUACUUAUAUAUCGGCUGCUUUUCUUGAUAUCCUCUUGCUGGGUCCAAAAUCAUCAGAAUCAGCAGCCUCCGAGUGUUACUCCGACAACGAGAUAAAAAGUGACCAGAACCAUAGAGAGGCUGAGCUCCUCAAAAAACCCAGUACAAACAACCGGCUGGUCCCUGCAGUGGUCGAAACAGAAACAGAAUACGGCGCGGACGUCGCAAUGGGCCCAUGCUGCUGCAGUAAGCGCCACGUGACCUUUGUGUGGGCCACCCUCGAGUGCCUGUUCUUCACGGGGGUAAUUUUCGGAUGGGUGUGGCUGACCGUCACCCUCCGGCGAGAUGCCUACUUCCUGGAUCUCUGCAAUGUCAGCCUGUCCGAAGAUAUUUCGAGAGAUCUAACGAAAAAUGAAGUUUUGAAAGACAGUCUGAGAAAGGACCGGCCCAAGUGUAGAACUACUACUACCACUGUGGCCCCGGGGGAGGUGGAGUACCGCCUGCCGUUCAAUGGCACUCAGUAUUUCUGUGACGAGCAGGAAGAUCGUCUAGACCUCAUGUAUAUUGUAAUUAUAAUUGUGCGGAACUUUCUGAUUCUACCCGUGGGGAUUUUCUUGGACAAGUAUGGUACAACCAGGACCCGUCUCCUUACUGUAUUGACGUUCGUGAUGGGGACCCUGAUGAUGACCUUCUCCAGCGCCGCGUUUCCCUGGUUACUGAUCCCCGCCCUCAGCCUCGUUUCGCUGGCCGGUUUGGUCCUCCUCAUCACAAACCUGCAGGUCGCCAAUUUGUUUGGGGAACAUCGAUACACUGUCAUGGCAACCUUCAUAGGCGCGUACCACGCAUGCUCAGUCAUCAUGACAUGCAUGAAGGCUACAAAUGACCUCGGCGUAGGAACCCAAACUUCUUUUAUGUUUUUGACUAUUGCUAUUGUUCCAAUAUUGGUGUCCACGAUAGCUUUUUUACCCAAGAGUCGGAUACCCUGGCCACUUCCGGCGACGUAUGGGAAUAAUCAUGUAUUAAACGGACAUGGAAGAAGUAAAAAUUCAAGGGAUUCCAGAAAUAGAGAGGACUUUGCUGCCUUUAAAAACGUAGCGUGCUCUUCUUUGUUUGCGUGGUCCCUCGUCUGGUUUGGAAUUCUGUAUCUGGGGGAAUGCUUUUACGACGAGAAUUUCCGCCUGGUGUUCACAAGAUUGGGAGUCGAUAAAGAAUACAUAAAUACAGAGUAUUUGCGUCUAUAUUCCGGUCUCAAACUGCUUGGGUUAGCCGUGGCCCCGGCCCUUGGAUAUGUUUUGGAUUGGAGGAGAAGCUAUAAUCCCCCUCGAAUCCAACACAUGUACAGAAGUCUGAUGCUGAUGGUGCUGUCUUGUAUCCUGGCCUUGCUCAAUUCCCUACUGCCAUUGAUUCCGUCGCUGCCGUUCCAGAUAGCUGGCUUUGUGCUCCAGAUCGUAGAACGGGUGGCAGUGUUGGUGGCCGUGGUCAGCUUUUUAAGUCACGUCCAUUUUCCAAUAGAGCAUUUUGGGAAAUACAUCGGGUGCCAUUAUCUUGUUGCCAGUCUAAGUGGUUUAGUUGGGUUUGCAUUCCAAUACUUAAUUCAUCAUCACAUGAACAGCAACCCUUUUUAUGUGCAUUUGAUACUGUUGGUGUUAUUAGUCAUCUCCUGCGGUCAUCCAAUCAACAUUUGGUAUCACUGUCGUCAAGGCCUCAUUCACGACGCCUCGCAGUCUGAUUACGGAGUGGAAAUCACGCCGCAGGAAAAACUAGUUCCCGAUCUCGAUAGUCCAAGUACAGCAUGAACGAUCGACGCCAGACUUGUGUAAUAUAUUCAAAAAAGAUUCAAAGUCCAAGAAAACAUCACAAUAUGUGAUUGUUCUGCAAUUUUUUUUAAAUUCAAUUUUAACAUGACAACGAUCUGUUCUGCUUUGUGUUUAUACUAUAUGAUGUGUAAAAUUCUUCUGUAUAUAAUGCUACUUAUAUUUGGUCCAUGAAUAUCCCUAAAAAUUUUGACGAUGCGUCAAUGAAAACAGUUUUUAUACUGAUGUCAAUUAUAUUGAAUAAAAUUGAUUGAAAUAUUGAAUUUUACUUCA